CUCACCAUUCACUCACUUGUAGUUCAGCGACAACUUGAAGACAGCCUCCUAUUGUGCUUGACCCACGGCAUUCACAACACUGGCAGUAUCUUUAUUCACUUCCGUUCUGGUUUGUACACAAUCAUGGACAUACACGGCGCGUCGCAGCCUCCGGGCUUCACUGCGAUCAACAAUGCUUCACUUUCCUAUUGUUCACCCUCGAAAGGGCUACUAUCAGCUCCUACUACUACCAACUCUUGCGACAAAUGCUUCCACCUCUUCCCUUCUUUUCCAACCAAACACUCUCAGACUUGGAUACCCCGAAGGUCUGCUCCUUUGUGGCUUCAGUAUCUAUCACAACUUCUCUCUUGUCCUGAAACCCUUUCCUCAUCACCAAGAAGCUCGCCGUCCUCAGCUUGUGCCCGUCUGCAUGUCCACUGCUCCUCGCGCUUAGCAGAUUGCAAAAAGAGACCUUCUUGUCCCUGGAUAUCAAAACCAUCAAACCAAAAAUUGUCCAGACAAGCCUCUCGCGCUUUCACAAGAGCUGUUCCACCUCGCACUUGUUCGUCGAUCAGAUAUACUCGUCAACCCAGAAUUCACAAAAUCAUGGCACGCAAGGUCAAGGCACCAUCUCAAGCACCUGCUGCUCAUCACAUGACGACUAGGAGCACUGCGUCGAGGAACUCCUUGGCGACAGAGACCAGCUUGUCUUCGGACAGCUCGCCUCUGUCGUCGGUGCCUUCCUCGUCGCCGUCGCCUCCUAGUCGUCAGACGGGAGGUCAGAAGAGAACAGCCUCCGAGGUAAGCUCGGAUGGCUUGGAGGAGGGCGUUGCGGCCAAGAGACAAUGUCAGAAGCCGGACAGCGAGCUGUUCGAGGAGAUUGACGAGGCCACCCACCUCGAAUGGAAGGACCGCAACUACUGGCCGGAGUAUGAUCCGGACAAUCCGAUCUACUACACCAGUGCCGGGAUCCGGUACCGCCCGGGCGCGACCGGCGGUACCCCGGAGUCCCGGUCGCCCUCCAAGAAGUCCACCAGGGGAGGUGGCCGUGGCCGUGGUGGCGGUCACGCGAACAGAGGAGGCCGGGCGGGCCGGGGGAGGGGCAAGGGGGCCCGGGGCGGAGAGAGCCCAGAACCACCGAACCGGCGGCGACCUCUGACGCAGGAUGAUCGAGUGGAGAUCUCCAUGCUCAAGGCGAGGCAACAAGAACUUAAGAGAUUCUUCAAAGUGGUCGGUGCCCAGCAAAUCGACAUCCUCGACCAGUUGGCUGUUGGAGACCUGUCCCGGAUUGCACGCAAGGCCAAAACCCACAAAGGGGUCCCGGAGUACGACAUGAUCAAGGAGGCUCUUGAAGAGCAAAUGCAGGAAAUGCAAGCCACGAUCAAGGCGAGAUAUCGAGUGCAGUUGGAACAUGAAGAAGCCAGAAUGAGGCAGGAGAGAGAGGUGAUUGAAAAUCAGUUCAAGACCCACGUUGCAGAAGCUCGGAAAGAGCAUCUUGCCGGUGCCGAAGGAGACAUCAUCCUAUUCGAGCGAGCAUACCGUGCGGACCAUGAUGACACUCACACCGAAUCUGGGUCCGAAAUGGACUACUUUCCGCAUUAUCAUGAACUACCCGAACCCAACAGACAACCGCGAGGCUAUGUGUCCAGCAAAAUCAUGGACGAAAAGCCAUUCAAACAGUCAUUCACGACUUUCGACGAAAAGGCACGUCAACAAGUCUUGACCGAGGAUGUGAUAGAGCCACUCCUCAAAGAGAUGGAACGACGCAACAAUGACUGGCGCGAAGAACAGGCCCGAAAGAAGUCGCAGAAUAUGGAGGCUCUGUCUGCCGAAGCCGAAAAGGAACUCGCCAACAUCAGGGGUUAUCUGAUUCCCCGACCAUUUAAUAUGAAUGAUGCCAACUCCUACGCAUUAUCGGCUCUGGCAGACGUCUCGGAAUGGAUGGCGCAGCAAUAUCCCGACAAGGCCUACAUUUACAUGCCAUUGGCACCCGGCGAGACCUUCCCUCGUGAAGCAUUGGACUUUUCUCCUCUUCCAGGCCAGUUGCCACCAUUGGCGCCAGCCCCUGCACGUCGAGUCAGCACAGGUCCAGCACCCACACAGUACCCCUAUCCGCCAGUAUCUACCCUUCCACCACCGCCGCCUCCGCCACCGACCUCAGCGGUAAUGCCACCGCCAACUCUACAUCCUGCUCCUGCUGCACUGACUCCCACCACCGGACCUAUUGACCGCACCCUACCUCGGAUCAUGUCAAGCGGACCCGGGCAACCGAUUGCUCCAGCACCGCCAAAGCAUGUGUCUACGCCUCGACCCACUGCUGGAAGCUCAAACUCAUCAUUCAGUAAUAUCAGAUACAACACACGUUCGGGACCGCCACCCGCUCCAGCCCCAGUGUUGCCAGCAGUCACCACUACGGUCAGCAAUGGACCACAACCACAACAGUACAUCUUCCAACCACCACAGCAGCCUUUUCAACACCACCCUGCUCCGGGUCCUGCCUCGACGCCGCAGUAUGCCCCGUCUGGCGCUGGUCAUGGUGUGCCAGUUGGUCAGCAGAGUAAGAUUCCCAUGACUUUUGUCAAUCAAACCAUUGCGAGUCGCAACGCAGCUGCUGCAACGUCGGGAUCUCCAGGGCAUGGAAAUGGGAACGGAAACGGAAAUGGAAAUGCUAAUGGCCAUGUCAAGGGUGGGCAGAGAAUGCUACUACCCAAGGUUUGAGAUGGAGGACGACAUGAGUUGAAUACUCUCAGUUUUGGGGAGGGACAGGCAGGUUCUUUGAGUGAAUCUGGUUUGGUGCUUAACGAGGCACGCUGGAUAGCUCGUAAUCAGGGGCCAAUCCACCAUUCAGGGCUGCCCAAAAAAGGGCAUCGCUGAGCUCAAAAAGGUGUGCAUGUGCAUGCGACGAUCAUAAUCCGCCGGACGGAUUGAAUUGUAUUAAUGGAGAUAGAGCUCAUCACAGGGUCUUGCAGGUUCUACGAAAAAGGUCGGUACUGUUACUGCUCAAGAUGAGCUGAAAAGACGUCUACUUAAUGCCGCAUCGUGAGCUGCAGUCUGAUGGUUCUUCCGGUCUGGAAGAAGCUGCAUACCCGACGUCUACCGUAGGGACAUAUGUACCUGCAACACCUGUACUGUACUAGUAUCCGAGAACGUGUACAUUUGAUUCCUG